CGAACAGUUUCCGUCUAUUCACAGCAGACAAUUAUCUGCGCAACAGGAGACAGGGAGGGGAGACGCGCAAGGUCUGUCCACUGUCUGGACAGCAGAACAGAACGACUAAAAACUACUUUCUCAAGGCAUAAUACAGCUCAGUAACAAUGAGUAUGUACGGCUCCAAUUCAAAACUGGCCACCAUGGGCCAGAGAACUAAUUCGCGACCGGAUUUGGCGAGUCCAGGUUAUAGAGACGUGUUCUUAAGUGGAAACGGCUACCAGGGAGAUUACCAAGUAGGGGACGGUGGAUACACUACCUACACCACCGUCUCCAGGGCCUCCGUGCACGGGGUCGGGGGACCGAAAAUGCAAGCUGGCAUGGUUGGGGGUGGAGGUGGUGGAAUGAGUGCACAGGCCUUUCAGCAAAAAUGUCAAUUUCUGACUAGCCAGUGUCACGAUUACCUGCAAAAAGCAAAGAUGGCUCUCCAGGGUGGUGCUCCAGGUACAGAGGUGGAGAAGUGGUUGUUCAUGGCUGCAGAGACCCUGGAGCAGCUGAAGCUCUGUGGCAGAGACAUGCAGCAAAUGCGUAUACCUAAUGAUGUUUUCAGAAGUGUAGACCAGCUGCAGAGCAUGCAUGCUGCUAUCCAGCAGCAACUUGGCGGUGGUGUGACAUUAAGACGUAACAGGAGCAGUGUGAGCUCCCUUGAGGGGGGCAGGAUCUUUAACGAUGCCAUGGCCUGGAUUUCCCAACAGAAGCGCAUGAUUGAGACUGCUCCAUGGGGAGAUGACUCAGAAACCAUAGAAAAGCAAAUCUUUAGCCACAGCAAACAACACAGCUCUAUCCAAAGGAACCAGGAAGUAGACCGCGCCAGGGACGAACUGAGCAUGAGGGCUGACAAGAACAACCUCUCCAUCCUGGAACAAGAAUGGGACAGCCUGCAGAAAAUGUCCCACAACCGUGUGAAUCAGCUACGUGACCUUCAGAACAUCAUCGAGGAGAUCUCAAGAGCCAUCAUGUGGGUGAAUGAGAAAGAAGAGGAGGAGCUUGUGUUUGACUGGGGAGACAAGAACAUCGACCAGUACAUCCCUAAGAAGCAAGAGAGCUACUCAAGGCUGAUGAGGGACCUGGAGGAGAAGGAGAAAGAUCUAAAUAAGUUGAAGACAAAAACAGAUGGACUCCUGAACAACAACCAUCCUGCCUCAGAUAAGAUUGAAGCCUACAUGGACACCUUACAGACCCAGUGGAGCUGGCUUCUCCAGAUCACCAAGUGCAUCCAUGUCCAUCUGAAGGAAAAUGCUGCCUACAGCCAAUUUUUCAAGGAGGCCAACGAGACCUAUUCAAAACUGCAGAAACAGCACGAGACCAUCCGAAACAAGUACACCUGUGACAAGAACACCUCCUUGGAUAACCUCGCUGAAUUCCUGAAAAACCUGGAGAAAGAGAGGGAACAAAUCAUGGAGAAUAAGAGGCAGGUCCAAAGUCUGGUCAACAAGUCUAAGGCCAUUGUCAGGCUGAAGCCUCGCAACCCAGAAGAGAAGAGUACCAGCCCUGUCAUAGUCCAGGCCUUAUGUGACUUUAAACAAGACCAGAAAGGGAUUCUUAAAGGGAACGAAGGCAUUCUGAAGGACAACUCGCAGCGCAGCAAGUGGCUUGUUACGGGACCUGGAGGUCUGGACAUGCUCAUUCCCUCUGUGUGUCUGCUCAUCCCUCCACCAAACCCACUCAGCAUCGGCCUCGCCAACAAGAAUGAGCAGUAUUAUGAAGCCAUUAUGGGCAUUUGGAAUCAACUCUACAUCAACAUCAAGAGCCUCAUCUCAUGGCAGUACUGCCUCAAAGACAUCAAUUACAUUAACUCUCUCACUGUAACCAUGCUGUCUAAGAUGCGUCCUGAGGAGUACCGCACCAUCAUCAAAAGACUGGAAACUCACUACCAAGAGUUCCUGCGUACCAGCCAAGGUUCUGAGAUGUUUGGAGAAGAGGACAAGAAAACUAUUCAGGGCCACUUCGAUAAAGCCCAGAACUACUAUGAUACACUGAUUGUCCAGCUGCCUACUUUCACCAAUAAAGUGGAUGAAGUGGUGAAGCCUGAACCGUCAAAGGAGGAAACCAUCAAGGUUCAGACUACCAAAACUGUCAAGACCACUGUCCCCAAGCCUCCCCCACCCAGUUCUACCGUAAGCCUUACCAUGCUCACUAAUCUACAAGAAAUUCGGCGCAGAUUGGAGCUGGCUGAGUCUGCUCUCACUAGUCAUCUCCAUGUUCCUCUUGGGGACAACAGUGUGCACGAGUGCUCGGUGCACAUCCAGAGGCUGCAGGCUGUGCAUGAAGAGUUGGACUCUGUUUAUGAUGAGUACCUGCGCCUAAGAGAAAAGAUUAUAAAGCAGCUGGAAGGGCUACCUGCUGACUCCGAUCAAGCCAAGUUCCUCCGAUCAGAACUGGAAAUCAUCAACCAGAAACUGGGAGGCCUGCAGGGUCUCUACUCAGUUUACCUUCAAAGACUGUCAGCUCUUAAGGCCUUGCUUCAGAGCCUUCUCCAGGCCGAGGAUAUCAUUAAAGUCUAUGAGGCCCGGUUAACGGAGAAGGAGACUACCUCUCUGGACCUUCGGGAAGUGGAAAACCAACGGAGCGCACUAAAGCAAAUGAAGAGUGAUCUGGAGCAAAAAAGAGACCUGCUGACUGCUAUGGAGUCUGACCUGACUAAAGCAGUGCACUGGAAUGGUCAAAUCUCUGAUUCCUUCCACAAGUGUGACGUGGACUUGUCCAAGUACUCAGAGCUGGUGGGUCAGAUGAAUGACCGCUGGCGUCGCAUCCAAACUCAAAUUGAUAGCAGAAUGUGGGACUUGGAGAAGCAGGAGAAACAGCUGAAGCAUUAUCAGCAGAGCAGCACUUCCCUGGAACAGUGGAUAGACAAUGCCAGGAAGCGCCAGGAUACCCUUCAGAUGGUUAAGCUCAAUGAUAUCCAGACCCUAAUGGACCACCUCAACCAACAGAAGGCACUUCACACUGAAAUUAAAGGAAGGAGGGAGAAAGUAGAAGAUGUGCAGAAAAAUGCAGACACCUGUGCUACCUCCAUAAAGGACUAUGAGCUGCAGCUGGCUUCCUACAGUUCAGGCCUGGAAACACUGCUUAAUAUUCCUAUUAAGAGGACAAUGCUACAGUCCCCUGCAUCAGUGGUCAGGCAAGAGGCGGCUGACCUCCAGUCCCGCUAUAUAGAGCUACUUACCCGCUCUAGUGACUACUACAAGUUCCUAGGGGAGCUGCUGAAGAACAUGGAAGAGUUGAAGAUCAGGAAUACCAAGAUUGAAAUGCUGGAGGAGGAACUGAGGCGUCUGAAGGAUGACCUCCAGAAUCGUCUUCAGAAAAACAAGUCUCUGGAGGAUGACUUGAACCGCUACAAGCUGGAGCUCACUCAGUCAAAAGAGCAGAUCAUUUCUAUUGAGGAAGUGAAGAGAACCACAGCAAUGCAAGCUAAUGCAGCCAAGGAGAACCUGGACAGCACACACAACCAACUUCAAGAUCUUAAUGACCAGCUGACCCGCAUUAAAUACCAGCUAGAGGAGGAGAAGAGGAAAAGAAGGCUGGCAGAGGAGCGCUACACCAGCCAGCAAGAAGAGUACGAGGCAGCAGUUCGUCGCAGACAGAAAGAACAGGAAGAGCUUAAUUGGACCAAGAUUGACUUAGAAAAGACUGUGAAGGACAAGGAACGUGAACUAGAGAGGCUGAAGAUGCUGCUAGAGGAGGAGGCGGCACGUCGGCGAAAUGCUGAAUCAGAAAUCUCAAAGGUAAGAACACUGUGCACCCAGGAGGUUAAUCAACUUAAACAGACACAUGAGAAAGAGAUCCACAUAACCAAGACCACAAUCCUGAAAGCCUCACAACAGAAAGAUGAAGACACAGCAGAGCUGAGACUGCAAGUUGACAGAGUGACUGCUGAGAAGAGAGGUCUAGAGGAUGAACUGAGGAGACUGAGGCAGUCCAUUGCUUUUAGUGAAGAACAGAAACUCAGAGCAGAGCAGGAGGCCAGCCAGCAGAGGGCCUCAGUGACACAAGAGACGAAGAUACGCAGUGAACUGGAGGUGCAGCUGAAAUCACUCAUGACACAGAGAGGUGAUGAUGAGGCCAAAUUAAAGGAGGCCACCAAAACCAACCAGGAAAAAUCCCGGCAGAUUAGCAUGCUAACAUUUAACCUGGAUGAAGAGGGGAAGAAAAGGAGAGCUCUGGAACUAGAAAUCAAUCGCUUGAAACAGGCUGAGGCAGAGCUGAAAGCAAAAAGCACCUCCUAUCUGGAGCAAAUUAACAAGCUUAAAGUUUCUGAGCAGGAGAUCCGCAUCACCCGAGUGGAGCUGGAGAAGCAAACCAGUGAGAAAACUAAGGUCGAGCAGAAUUCUGCCAGGUUGCAGAGCCGUAUCCGUGAUCUUCAGUGUUCUCUGGAUGGUAUGGAGGCUGAGUUGGAGAAGCAAAAGAAGACGUUCCAAGAAGAGUUCACACGUAGAAAGAGAAUGGAGGCUGAGUUGGAGAGGAUGACAAAUGCCUGCAGAGAACAUACAACUACAAUUAACACGCUGAAAUCUGUUCAGCUAGAGGCUUCCACCACUGGUAUGAAGUAUGAGCAGGAUCUCAGGACCCUACAGGAUGCUCUGGACAAGAGCCUACGGGACCAUAAAGUCACCAAGGAGGAACUGGCAGCUGUAAUAGCUGAGCUGAGAGCACUGAAACAGAAGCUCCUGCAGGAAGACGCUCGAAUUUAUGAGCUCAACCAACGUAAUGAGAGCUUGUAUAAGACUAUUGAGGAGAAGAGCCGGCAGCUCAAUGAAUACACUACAGAGAUUGAAAAGCUGAAGACUCUGACGCAGAACCUGACGAAAGACAGACUCAGGUUGGAGGAGGAGCUGAGGGCAGCUAAAAUCGAGAGAGAUGAGCUGAAACGUAGCAAAGAUACUAUUGAUGGAGAAAGUGCCGCUCAGAUCUCAGCCUUGCAUGUCCAGCUUCAGAGUAGCAACAAGAGGACAGCGGAGCUCCAGGCUCUCAUCAAUGACCUGACCAAGGAGAGAGAAAAGCUUAAAUUGGAACUAGACAAAUUCCAAAAGCAAUCAAUUGAGACAUCCAUCACGGUGCAUGAGUCGCAAAGCAGAUACAACGACCUGCAGCGGGAGAAGGAUAGUCUGCUAUCAAAGCUUAAACUGCUGGACCAGGACAAGAAUCGUCAACAGCGUCUAGAAGAAGAGCUCAACCGCAUCAAACUCACACUAGAAACUGAACUCCGCAACAAACAGCGACUGCAGGAUGAAAAGAAUUCCAUCCUCAAGGAUUUCAACUAUAUGAAGAGCCAGUUUGAGCUGAGAGAUACCCAGAUCAAGCAGUGUGAAUCAGACAGAGACAAAGCUGGCCGUGAGAGGCUCUCACUGAAGAAUGAGAUUGAGAGACUCAUGAGGGAGUUGAGGGUUGUUGAGGACAGGUACAAGAGUAGGUUGCUUAGCUCUGAAAAAGAAGCAUCAGACCUGGCUCUCAAAAGAGAUGCCAUGGAGAGAGAGCUGCGGAGGCUGCAGCAGAGACCCAGCACUCUGACCAGGCAGACCCAGACAGAUGAGAAGGUUACAACAAUUGAUCCAUCCAAGCUGGUGUUUGAUGGGGUGCGCCGCAAAGUCACAGCCCACCAGCUCUGUGACUGUGGCAUAAUCACUAAAGCCACUCUAGACCAGCUCCUAAAGGGACAAAAAACAGUGGAAGAGGUAGCUAUAGACAUCCAGCUUAGUCUAAAGGGAACUGGCAUUAUUGCCGGCAUGACAACAAGUUCUCAAGGGAAAAUGUCAUUCACUGAAGCCAAAAACAAGAACCUUCUCAGUCCAGAGAGUGCCCUCAUGCUUUUGGAAGCUCAAGCAGCAACAGGCUACAUAGUGGACCCCGCAUUUGAUGAGAAGAUGCCUGUGGAUACUGCCUGUUCCAGAGGACUUGUAGACACAAAAGACAGAGACACCUUGGUGACAGCUGAAGCAGCUAGCAUAGGCUUCAAAGAUCCAUACACUGGCAAAGUGUUAUCUGUGGGUCAGGCUUGCAAACAGGGCCGUAUAGACAAAAACACAGCCAUCCGCUUGCUACAGGCUCAGGAGUCUGUUGGAGGCAUACUGGAUCCUGUUCUGAGUGUGUUUCUUCCAAAGGAUCUGGCUUUGGAUCGCAAUCUUAUUAAUGAGGAGCUCUACAGGGCUUUGAACAAAAAACCUACCUGCUAUCUGGAUCCGGCGACAGGAGAGAAGAUAAGCUAUAAUGGCCUAAAGAAUAAGUGUACAAUAGAACCUGCUUCUGGCUUGCUUCUCCUCCGUGGUCCAGAAAAGCCAGCAAAUCAAGUGACACUAAAGGGACUCCGUGGUGAAGUCACUCUCACAGAGCUCGUCGACUCUGAACUGCUGGAUGAAACUGACUUGCAGAAGCUCAACCAAGGCAAAAUCACAAGCAAAGACAUUGAAGACAAGUUGAAGUCCUAUCUUUACGGCUCUACCUGUAUUGCGGGUAUAUAUGAUGAGGCCAAAGACAGUAUCUUGCCUUUCUAUCAGGCAUUGAAGGAUGGUCUUCUCAUGAGAGGAACCACCCUGGAGCUUCUUGAGGCCCAAGCUGCUUCUGGCUUCAUUGUUGAUCCAGUUAACAAUGUAUACACAGACCCAUUAACAGGAAAGACAAUCUCCCUCUUCCAGGCUAUUGAGAAAGAGCUUAUUGAGAAAGGUCAUGGAAUCCGUCUGCUUGAGGCCCAGAUUGCUAGUGGUGGGAUUAUUGACCCCAAAGAGAGCCACCGUAUUGAUGUCGCUGUUGCCUAUAAAAGGGGAUAUUUUGAUGAAAAGAUGAAUGACAUUCUAAGUUAUGAAGGAGAUGACACAAAAGGGUUCUUUGACCCUAACACCAAGGACAACCUUACAUAUCUUCAGCUGAAGGAAAGAUGCAUCACAGAUGCCAAAACUGGCCUAAUUCUCCUGCCACUUAAAGACAAGACGAAACCCCAGAAGUCACAAGACACUCGUACCAAUGUCCUCCGUAAGAGAAGGGUUGUGAUAGUUGACCCAGACACUGGGCUGGAGAUGUCAGUGAGAGAGGCCUUUCACCGGGAGCUAAUUGACUAUGACACCUUCCUGGACUUAUCGGAGCAGGAGUGUGAGUGGGAGGAAAUAACUAUCAAGGGGUCAGAUGGCUCUUCACGUUUGGUGAUAGUGGAUAGGAAGACAGGAACCCAGUAUGACAUCCAGGACUGCCUGACACGUGGCCUCAUCGACCAGAAAUCUUUGGACCAGUAUCGUGCUGGAAAACUAACCUUGACCCAGUUUGCAGACCAAAUUACCAGCAGAACUGACAGCACCGAGAUGACCAUUGCAGGCGGCAGUGCAGAUAUGUUCACCUGCAACAGCCCUACCCAGGCUGCACCAUCCUCCCCUACUGUUCGUAGACGCCUGAGCAGUAUUUCUAUUACCGUCUCUCCCCCUGAGAUGUUUGAUGACCAGAGUCCUGUCGCAGCCAUAUUUGACACAGAGACCUUGGAGAAGAUAACUAUUUCUGAAGGGCUUCGAAGAGGUAUAGUUGACACUAUUACAUCGCAGAGACUGCUGGAGGCCCAGGCAUGCACAGGUGGCAUUAUCAACCCUGCUACUGGUUCGAGACUGUCACUGCAGGAUGCUGUUCAUCAGGGCAUCAUUGAUGAAAGUAUGGCUACUAAGCUGAAACCUUCCCAGAAAGCCUAUGUUGGUUUUGAGGAUGUGAAGACUAAAAGAAAGAUGUCUGCAGCAGAGGCAGUAAAAGAGACAUGGCUGCCUUAUGAGGCCGGUCAGAGAUUCUUGGAGUUUCAAUAUGUGACAGGAGGAUUGGUUGAGCCUGGCACUGGACGUCGCAUUACCAUUGAAGAGGCUAUCCGCAGGCGUUGGCUAGAUGGUCAAGGGGCCAUGAAGCUUCAGGAUACACGGAACCACCAGAAGAUCCUGACCUGUCCAAAGACAAAGCUGAAAGUCUCCUACAAGGAAGCCAUGGACAGCUGCAUGGUGGAGGAAAGCAAUGGUAUGAAGAUGCUGCAGGCCUCAUCAGUGUCCACUAAAGGAAUCAGCAGCCCUUACAAUGUUUCUAACCCAGGAUCUCGCUCUGGGUCCAGGGCUGGUUCCAGGAGUGGAUCUCGUAGAGGCAGUGUAGAUUACUCCUCUACUUACACCUACAGCUUUUCUUCCAAUAGUACCACAUUCGGCUCUGAUCCUUUCUCUUUAAACACAGCUUAGAAAAAGAAUAAACCUAAGACUAACUAACUAACAAUUCCCAUGCAAUUUUAAUACAUUUUAACAUUUUUUUCUAAAAGUAUAUCUGCUAUUUGAUUUUGGGAAGAUUGUUUAUAUUCUAAUUCAUUUAAAUGUUUUGAUUGUUUGCAGUUUUUUUUUUUGGUGAGUUGGUGUUGGUGGUAAAUGUGUUCCUUAUAACCAUACUGUUCUAAUCCACACAUUUUGAAUGAGCAUAUUUUAAUAUGCUGCUUUUUUGUAGAAUUUAGCAUUUUGUUAUGUUAGAAUAUACUUGUUAACUUUAGCUUCAGGCACUCGUAAAUAAUGUUACUUUUAUUACAGUUUGACAUGUAUGCUUUAUUUUAGUUUUUAGAAAGAAACAUUUUUAUUAAUUGCAAAUCUUGAGAUUCUGCUUAAAAUACUUCUUGCAAAGUACUGAUAAACAACGA